CGUGACCUGCGUCACUUGUUGACGUCGUGUGGGAUUUUUGAGCGGAGAAAUUAUUUAUUUAUAAACCGAUGCAAGGGCGCUAAAUCUAAAAUAAACCGGGAAAUAAAAUGUUCAAAUCCAUCAAUGUAUUGACGAAGCAGCUACACGCACGAGGAAUUUGACCAUAGUUGUCCAGAAGUGCAAUAAAAGUCUGCGCGUUGCAGCCAAACCGAGGCUAAAAGCAGCAGUGAAUGACGCGGGGAGCUGCUCUUUAGCCUGCUAGCAGCUGGUAGCACCCGGACCCGGCUCGCCUCUCAAACUCUCCCCCUGCUCUCCUGGGGGUGUUACCGGGGUUUGUCUGGACCGUGUGGAUGUGAGCAGGACCCGGGCCGGCGGGAGGAGCAUGGCGCCCCGCGUCCAGCUGGAGAAGGCGGCGUGGCGCUGGGUGGACUCGGUGAAGCCCGAGGAGAUCCGGCAGCAGCACGUCGAGCUGGCCUACCGCAUACACCUGGCGGCCUGCAGGAGAGGAGGCUGCAGGAGAAAUUGCAAAGGGAAUCCAAACUGCCUUGUGGGUAUCGGUGAACAAGCAUGGCUUGGAGACAUUGACGAGAAUGCUUUCCAUAAUAUUGAUGACCCAAAUUCAGAACGUCGAGACAAGAACACAUUUGUUGGCCUGACCAACCUUGGAGCGACAUGUUACGUCAACACAUUCCUGCAAGUGUGGUUCCACAACCUGGAGCUUCGGAGGAGCCUCUAUCAGUGCUACAACUCCCGAGCGCAGGAGCACAACUCCGAGUCUGAUUAUGAACCAAAGUCCAUCUGUGAGCAUCUGCAGUAUCUGUUUGCACUCCUGCAGAACAGCAACAGGAAGUACAUCGACCCUUCAGGGCUGGUCAAAGCACUGGGUCUGGACACGGGGCAGCAGCAGGAUGCCCAGGAGUUUUCAAAGCUCUUCUUGUCUCUGCUGGAGGACACUUUGUCCAAGCAGAAGAGCCCCAGCCUUCAAAAUGUCAUCCAGCAGCAGUUCUGUGGGCAGUUCUUCUAUGUUACAGUGUGUAAUCAGUGUGGACGGUCGUCGGCGCUGCCGUCCCGCUUUUAUGAGCUGGAGCUGAACAUUCAGGGCCACAAGAGCCUGACGGAGUGUGUCACCGAGUUCUUGAAGGAGGAGAAGCUGGACGGGGAGAACCGCUACUUCUGCGAGAGCUGUCAGAGUAAACAGAGCGCCACCCGGAGGAUCAAGCUGAACAGCAUCCCCCCAACCCUCAACCUGCAGCUCAUGCGCUUCGUCUUCGACAGACAAACGGGUCACAAGAAGAAACUCAACACUUUCAUCAGUUUUCCAGAGCAGCUGGACAUGGCCCCUUUCCUGGAAGGGAAACAAGACCAGAAGUGUGUGUAUGAACUGAGCGCCGUGUUGAUCCACCGGGGCAUCAGCGCCUACUCGGGCCACUACAUCGCUCACGUGAAUGACGCUCUGACCGGCGACUGGUACAAAUUCAAUGACGAGGAGAUCGAGAAAAUGGAAGGCAAGAAGCUGCAGCUCGGCAUCGAGGAGGACAUUGCCGAGACGGUGAAGUCUCAGUCCCGAAAGCCCAAGUGCAGUAAAGGCUACCACUGCUCCAGGAACGCUUACAUGCUGGUGUACAAGCUGCAGGAGGAGGAGGGCGUCAACCCCUCCAGGCCCAACAUGGAGGUGCCAGCGUUCCUUCAGAGGCUGGUGGACCAAGAUAACCAUAAAUUUGAGGAGUGGUGCACAGAGAUGGCCGACAUGAGGAAACAGAGCGUGGAUAAGGGCAAGGCCAAGCAUGAAGAAGUGAAAGAGCUGUACCAGCUCCUACCCGCGAGAGACGGAGAGCAGUAUGACUUCAUCCCCCUGGACUGGCUCAAGAAAUGGCUGGACGACUCCACAGCGACGAAGGAAAUAGACACCUCCCUUUUCCUCUGUUGUCAUGGCAAACUGCACCCCGACAAGGUGGGAGACUGCAAGAGGGUUUCUCUGCACGCGGCGUCGGUCCUCUACAAGCGCUACGGCGGCGGGCCCAGACUAGACGGCUCGUCUCUGUGCCGAGAGUGUGUGAGCCAGCGAUGCAGAGUGCUGCGGCUGAAGAACCAGCUCAAUGAAGAUUACAAGGAAAUCGCCAACAUGGUCAAACAACCAGUCAGCGAGGGUUACUGGGUAGGUAAAGCAUCUCUGCGCAGCUGGAGGCAGCUGGCGCUGGAGCAGCUGGAGGAAGAGGAGCAUGAAACCAAACACGGCAGCAGCCAGACCAACGGCCAGGGACCACACACCAACAACUGCAAGGAGUUCAGUCCAGAGUUCUCAGGGGGGGGAGAUGAUGAGAUGAAGACUUUCAAUGAAGACAUUCUCUGCAGCCACGGAGGUCUCAGUAUUCUGGAUUCUGAACGAAAGCUGGUAUCUACAGACGUCUGGACCAAACUUAGAGAGUACUUCUCCAGAGCCCCGGAAUUCACCCAAAACCAGGAGCCGUGUCGACAGUGCAUGACGUUGGAGCAGGAGGAGAAGGACAACGAGGCGGUUAGUAAGAUGAUGGCUCUCGACCAGAAGAACCAGCUGCUCAACCUCUUCCACGAAAAGAACCGGCCCACGCUCACAAAGUGGCCUCAGGGCACCGAUGUUCUCUACAUAGUUCCUCUGUAUUUUGUGGACGAGUGGAGAAAGUUCAUCAGGAGGCCCACCAAGUCGUCUCCCGUGUCCAACGUGGGCAACACCCUGCUGCUCUGCCCCCACGGCGGCUUCAUGUUCACCUACGACUCGCUGAUCAACGGAGAGGCGCAACAUAUAGCUCUGCUCUGGCCUCACGAGUGGGACGUGAUCAGCAGACUCUUCAUCGUUGAUACGCCCAUCUCCAUCAGCUGCUUACCAGAGAGCACGGCCAGCAGCUCCACCACGCAGUACACCACCCAGCCAGAUCUGUGCUGGGAGUGCAGGGAGAGCUUCCUCUUCCAGCAGCAGAAGGACCUCAGAGAAUACACCCAGGCAACCAUCUACAUCCGCAAGGUCAUCGACGACAACAGGGCGGUGAAGGACGCUCCUCCGGAGGUGAACGCCAGCAGCUCGGAGGCAGAGGAGGAGAGAGAAGAGCUGCCCAAGAUGGAGGGAGACCCAGACUUCAGUCAGUCGCAGGACGGUGUGAAGCGGAUGAAGCUGAGUGACGGCAGCGCAGCGUCACCGGCCGCCCUCCCGGUGAGCACCAUGACCAAAGCAGGUGGAAUCAGGAGAAGCACUCGACACCGGAAGCUGCGCGGGGAGAAAGCGCUCAUAGUUUCGGCCAAUCAGACUCUCAAGGAGCUGAAGAUACAGAUCAUGCACGCCUUCUCCGUAGCGCCGUUCGAUCAGAACCUCUCCAUCGACGGGAAGAGUCUGACGGACGACUCGGCCACACUGGGCAGCCUGGGCGUCAUCCCAGAGAGCAUCAUAUGUUUAAAGGCUGAUGAGCCGAUAGCAGAUUACGCUGCGAUGGAUGACGUCUACCAGGUGAGAAUGCCUGAAGAGGGGUUUAAAGGAACGGGGCUUCUCGGGCACUGAGGAGCGCUCCGCCGUAGCCAUGUUGGACUUGGACAAAUGACAGAUGGAAAUUUUAAAAAGCUUGAAUUUGUCAAGUGUCUAUAUAUAAAUAAGUGCUUUAAUUUUC